CUGAGGGGAAAGAGGACCCUGCCCUACACACACUCUUAAACAGGGGGCGGCCCCCUCCGAGAGUCCUGCCAGAGACACUCAUAAAGAGGGACCGGGACACCUCCCUGCAAGACACCUCAUCACCGGACCUACCUCCCCAUAAUCCAUAGACGGGGUCAGGACCACCACCACCACCACCACCUCUCGGCUCCAGGCAGCGACCCUCGGUUUCUCAACCUUUGCGAUACCAGGGACUGGCUUGCAGCCUUCCUAAACUUUUAACAGGGAAAUCUCAGGGACUGGAGCAGGUUCACAGACCAGUCUUUGAGAAACACUGCCCUAGAGCAUCCCAUAAACAGCGGCUGGGUUCCACAUCUAGCACACCUUGUAAACAUUGGCUGGGACCCCCGAACAGCCUGUAAACGGGACCUGAAUGCUCCCUGAAAUAUCCCACAAAAAGGAGCCAGGCACACAAUGCCCUGUAAAUAUGGUUGAGUCCCUCCAUAACACAACAUAAAUAAGGGCUGAGAAGGGAUUGAACCUUCCUCUCAAAACAGACUCAUCAUCUCAUAAAUAAGGAUUGAUGAAUUCCCCCAGCCUCCAAUAGAUACAAAAUACCCCCCAUGUACAGGGACUGGAAAAACCUAUCCCAAGUAGCAACACUGGUUUUGGAAACAGGAUAGAGUUUCCAAGGAGAAAGAAAUUGUGAGCAGGGAUUCCUGUUGAACCAAAAUGCAAAAAAUUGCAGAGGAAGUUGCAGAAAUCAAACCUGUCCAAGAUACAAUAUUAGCCGUCCAGAAGGAAUAAUCAGAGCCGAGGAAGACGAUAAAAUAGGAUCUGGAGGUUUUUUAGAAGGAAGUGAAGGCAGAGAUGAGACAAUUCAGUUUAAAAUAAAUAUUCUGCUGGAUCAAAAAUUACAAAGGGUCUGGACAGAUUCUGAAACCCAUCUACAGCAUGCCCAGUCAAGACUGGCAAACAGGAUAAAAUAAGUGAUGGGCAACUUGUUAGUCUCUAAGAUGCCACAAGUACUCCUGUUCUUUUUGCGGAUACAGACUAACACGGCUGCUACUCUGAAACUUGAUUACUGUGGCCCAAAUACAUUUCCAGGAUAUGGGAAGUACCCUGAAAGCUCUGGCCAACUUGGAACUUGUUAGAGUAAGAGAUGAGCUGCAGCAAGGAAUUAAGGAGCUGGAAAAUUAGCUAGAGAAGAAACUCCAAGGGUUGCAGACCAUUGUGGAAACCAGCUGCUGGGAUGAGGAAUCACGCGACCUACAGCACAUGUCGAAGAUAGGACAUUUACAAACUUUUCAACCCCAUUUGUACACCAAGGUAGCCCAGCUAGGAGGGAUCAGACAGUCCCAGUUCAAGUAAUACAAAAGUCAACACAAAAAAUACAAUAGUGACCAUUGAAGGGAAAACUUCGUGGGAGGCUUCAUGGUCUAACUUUAACAUCAUAUCUCAAAUAAAUGAAGGGGGAGAUGAAGAGAGGGGUGUUUUUAAUAGCUAACUUGAGUGCACCAGAUCUGAUGAUGCUCCAGAAAAGGACUGAGUUAUCAAGAGAUGUCAGAAGCAAUUUGGAGCCAGCCAUCAACCUAAUCUGGCCAGGACUAGGAGGAGAAGGGAACAAGAGAUCCCACCUUAACUGGCAGAGGGCCAUAUGAGAUUGUUGUCUGGCAAAGCCAAAUACCACUGGGGGACAAACUGGAAAUGGCCCAUUUUAUUGAUGCUUAACUUGACAUGCUCUUGCUAAUUAAGAUCACCAAAAGGAAACCAAGGACACUGUUUAGUGGUGAUAUUUGCUGCAGCACUGAAGUCCUUCCAAGCAACAACCAAGCAGAAAAGAAAGUAGUUGCUAGUGAGAAUGACAGAACCUCUCUGACAUGAGCCCUCAGACCAUGCCUUCCAUCAGCAGUGACCGGGCUGCCCUGUGCGCCGGCUGCGGGGGAAAGAUCUCCGACCGUUAUUACCUCCUGGCAGUGGAUAAACAGUGGCACAUGCGCUGCCUGAAGUGCUGUGAAUGUAAACUCAACCUGGAGUCCGAGCUCACCUGCUUCAGCAAGGACGGGAGCAUCUACUGCAAAGAGGAUUAUUACAGGAGGUUUUCGGUGCAGAGAUGUGCGAGGUGUCACUUGGGGAUCUCCGCUUCCGAAAUGGUCAUGAGGGCCAGGGAUUUGGUAUAUCACUUAAACUGCUUUACUUGCACCACUUGCAACAAGAUGCUGACCACCGGCGACCACUUUGGCAUGAAGGACAAUCUGGUGUACUGCCGCCUCCACUUCGAGACUCUCAUCCAGGGGGAGUACCAGGUGCAUUUCAAUCACUCGGAUGUAGCCGCUGGGAAGGGCCCAGCUCUGGGAGCGGGCUCUGCCAAUACUUUGGGACUGCCUUAUUACAACGGCGUGGGGACUGUCCAGAAGGGGAGACCCAGGAAAAGGAAGAGCCCAGGGCCUGGGGCAGAUUUGGCAGCUUACAAUGCAGCUUUAAGUUGCAAUGAAAACGAUGGUGACCACCUGGAUAGAGACCAGCAAUACCCCAGUAAUCAAAAAACAAAGCGCAUGAGGACAUCAUUCAAACACCACCAGUUGCGGACAAUGAAGUCUUACUUUGCUAUUAAUCACAAUCCUGAUGCUAAGGACUUGAAACAGCUAGCUCAGAAAACUGGCCUAACCAAAAGAGUUCUUCAGGUUUGGUUUCAAAACGCCCGAGCCAAAUUCAGACGGAACCUUUUACGUCAAGAAAACACAGGGGUGGAUAAGACUUCAGAUUCCACACUCCAAGCAGGAACCCCAUCAGGACCCGCCUCAGAAAUAUCCAAUGCCUCCAUGAGUCCAUCCAGCACUCCCACUACCUUAACAGACUUGACUAAUCCUACCAUGCCUACUGUGACAUCUGUCUUGACGUCAGUACCUGGAAGUCUUGAGGUUCAUGAAUCUCGAAGUCCUUCACAGACAACUCUCACAAAUCUUUUCUGAUGACUCUUUCUCAAUAAUUUCUUUAAAAAAGAAAUUAUUCUUAGUUGAAUUCCAAGAGUAUUUUAAUAGAGGCUUUGAGCAACUGACUAACCACACUUAGGAUCUCUCCUGAAAACAGAAGGAAAUGUAUUGUUCUGAUAUUACAGAUUAUGGACUGAGGAAUAACUUGGAAGAUCUAUCUGCAACACAACAUUUGUGUAACUGUACAGUUUUGUGGACUGAGUAAGGGAAACAGCAAUUAAUUUAAAUUGGCUAAAGCUUCUGUAAUUUUCAAAGACUGCCAUGUGCCUUAUAUACUGUUUUAUCUACGUACUUUGGAUUACAUGUCCAUUUUUCUCUUUUUCUCUCUGUAUAUUUAUAACAAGGGCAAAAAUGUUACAAGAGUUUGUUACUUUGAAUAGUCCUAUGCCCUUAUUGGUUGCUUUGUUGUUUUAGAAUUUUAAGGUGAAAGUCUGUUUGAAUAUCAGAAUUUGUAAAAUCUAACCAGUAAUAAAACCACUUGUGGAAACUACUUGGUAACAGCUGCAGUUACAUUUAGCAUUAAUUUCACAGUGCAGGUAGGCUGACUGUAUUUAAAUUGAUUAGAAAAUUGCACAUCAAAUACAGUAUCUGCUUAGAGUAAACUCUAAAUACGAUACACAUCUGCCUCCUGAUUCCUAAAUAUAUGGGUGAAAAAUCCAAUUUGUAUAACAGGGUCUAGAUAAUUUCAUUAUAGAGAAAUAAAUAAUUGUUAGUUGAAACUAAAAAUUGUUAUUGAACGUUAGAAUUUACACAAACAUACUGCUCAAUUUUGUUGCUGAAACUCAAUUUAAUUUCAGUUAACACUGAAAAGGAAACAAAUAUUGCUUUUAUGCAACCAAAGGUGUCUGUCCUAUUCUGUGGAGAGGGCAAGCCAGGCAUUUGAAAGCAGUGUGGCCAUGAUCAACCUAUUUCUGAGAUAGACACUGGGUAAUGUUGUCCCCUAGAAACAAAGAAAAAGUAUUUGUUAGAUUAAUUUAAAACAUUAGCAGAUAACAUUGAGACAAAACUAUGUUUCACAAACAUAUAUGGCCUUUUUUAAUGGUUUGAAGGUAUAAAAAAGCAGGUAAGAAUAUAUUGUUAUGGAUACUAAUAAAAAUGGCUAUUCCUUAAACCAUAAUGGACCUGUUCAAUUUAAUUUAAUUCCUUCUCAGUUGUGAGAUCUGAAUAUC